AUGCAAUCAUUCUUGCUUGCUAUCUUGACACCCCCAUCCCCCUUCCCUUCCCCCACCCCCCUUCUCUUACCACAUCCCCUUUCCCUUCCCCGCACCCUCCUUUCCCUUCCCCACACCCUCCUUUCCCUUCCCCGAUCCCCCAUUUCCUUUCCCUAUCCCUCAUCCCUUCCCCACACCCCCCUUUCCCUUCCCAUGUGUCCCAAUAUCCCUUUACCCAUCCCCCAUCCCUUCCCCACAUCCUCCUUUCCCUUCCCCCAUCCCUCAUCCCUUCCUUCAUCCCCCUUUCCCUCCCCCUCUGCUAUCACCUUCUUUUCUCUAACUGCUACCACCUCCCUUCCCCCUUUGCUGUCACCUCUCAUCCCGUGCUACCAGCUCCUCCCAUGCAGCCAACACUUUGCCAACCCUUCCACCUGUUUCCCCUGCUUUCUCACACUAUUCCGCCAAGCAAUCACCUCCCCCCUUCCUCCCUGCCUCCUUUCUUUCCCCAUGCCAUGCCUCACCUCGCUUUCCUCCCAUGCCUCACCUCGCUUUCCUCCCAUGCCUCACCUCGCUUUCCACCCACACGUCCCCAUGCUGCCCCAUCUCCCGUACCUCCACCUGCGCUGCCUUGCCCGUGUGGCACCCCAUGGCGUCUUCCAUCACCUUAUGUUGAUGACUCGCUGGGCAGGCCAUUUCAUGUCAUCAAUCACCACCACCUGUGCCAUCCGAUUCUCCACCGCCUCCAUUAUCCUCUAUUGCUGCUCCUGCACACUGGUGCACACGAACCUUGCUGUGAAAGCACGGCGCACGACAACAAGGGCACGCAGGGAGAGAGGGGUAUGUGGCGUGAGUGCACUCGUCCCCAUCAUCUGCUACCCGUGCUCUUCCCCACGCCUCCGGACCCAUGACCACCACGGACUCACCCCCCUGCCACCACCUCGCGCACCAUCUCAUGGCGCUGAUGCGCUGCAGCGUGUGCUCAAUCCCCGCGCGCUUGCGCAUGGCGCUGAUGCGCUGCAGCGUGCGCCCAAUCCCCGCGUGCUUGUCCGCUCCGAAACUCGCCACCAUGCGGAGAGGGACGCUUGCAAGAAGGGUGCCUGUUGCAAGGAGCACGCGGUGAGAGCGAGGGAGAGGGAGACGAUGAGGGGCGCUACCUGCAACGAAAACGAAAACGUAGCACACGGAGCUGUCGCCCACGGGGAACCGUACGACGGGGCGACGGCCGAGAUCGAGAACAAUCUCCACCAGCGAAUGGACGGCCGGAUGCCGCUGCAGACCGUCGCAAACCCGGAACCAUCGUCUUCGCCAGCUCCUCUCGGAACCCCUAGGCAGGCGGAAAGUCUAGAACUGCGCGCGGCGUCGGAUCAGGGAGGGACGGCCGUUCUGCAGGCGAUCAUGCCUCACCGAGGUGCAGUUGCGAGGCGAGACGUGUCGGAUGCUACUGCGACUAGCAGCGGCGAGCAGCGCGUGGCUCUUUUUUUCGGUCUAUUCAACUAG